GAGUUGAUAUCUCGGCCGAGGUUUCCCGCGUCUCAACGCCUCUCGCCGGCUUCCUGGGUGGGGUCAGAGAGCGGAGCUGAAUCGCCACUUGUUGCGAAAGCCGAGACGAGCGACCAAGUCGGGCUGGGCGGCGGCAGUUUCUUCUGUGCCGAGUACCUGGGGGGGUCAUAGCACACGCAGCCGAACCUGCUCGGCGAAAUGGCUGACGAGAAGCAAGUGGAACUGUUCGUGAAGGCUGGAAGUGAUGGACAAAGCAUUGGCAACUGCCCAUUCUCUCAGCGACUCUUCAUGGUUCUCUGGCUCAAAGGGGUCACCUUCAACGUUACCACACUGGACAUGAAGAGGAAAUUUGAAAACCAGUACCUCAAGGAUUUGGCUCCGGGAGUUCAACCACCUUUCCUGCUGUACGACAACGAGGUGAAGACGGACACCAACAAAAUCGAGGAAUUUCUGGAGGAAACCCUCUGCCCUCCCAAGUACCCACGCCUCGCGGCGAAGAAUCCAGAAUCCAACACCGCUGGGAGCAAUGUCUUCUCAAAGUUCUCUGCCUACAUUAAGAACGCCAAUCCUGGUAUGAAUGACACGCUGGAGAAGGGGCUGUUAAAAUCCUUGGCUCAACUGGACGAGUACCUCAACAGCCCUCUGCCCGACGAGAUUGACGAGAACAGCGCAGAGGACAUCGGCACAUCCACCAGGAAAUUUCUGGAUGGCAAUGAACUGACCCUUGCCGACUGUAAUCUCCUACCGAAACUCCACAUUGUGCAGGUGGUGUGCCGGAAAUAUCGGGACUUUGAGUUCCCUCAGCAGCUCAAGGGCAUCUGGAGGUACCUUAAUAGUGCCAACAGCUGUGAGGAAUUCGCCAACACCUGCCCGAAAGACGAAGAGAUCGAGCUUGCCUACGCGACAGUUGCCAAGCCUCUCAAGUGAAAGGGCUUCGUCUUCAGAGUAUCUUCAGCUUAGCUAUGUGCAGCCAAUUAGAUUAUCCACAUCGUCCAAGAAAAUAAUUGAAAUAUUUCCCCCUUUUGUUGAAAAAAAAUGUAACUUCUCCAACAUUCAGUCACCUAGUUGUCUUUUUAUUUGCUUUUCUCAAAAAUAAAUAUUUAUGUUUCGUCAAA